AUGUCGUCAUUGAAUGCUCAUCGAAGUAGUACAGCGAAAAAAGUUAGAUCAGGUACACUGUCUUCAACGGCAUCGGAUCAAACAUCUUUGAUGUCUAUGAGUUCGCCUACAACAUCAGCGAAUAAAGUAAAAUCUACAAGUGACUCGAGUAAUUCAAGUAGACUAGAACAUCUUGUUCGACGUCGACGUACAAUCGCUGGUCGUCCACCAUAUCUACAAGAGUCAACUCAUUUUGAAGAGGUAACUAAAGCAUCAACGAUUACAGAUAGAACUAGUAGAAAAACAAUGAUAACCACCGCCAUCGAAGAAACGAAUCAAAUAGGUGAAGAUGAUUGGGUGGGUCAACAUUGUUCAAGCAAAAAAUGA